UUUCUACACAGCCUGACACUGAGGGAAAGUGGUAAGCUAUAAGAAGCCUGGUUGGGCAGAAGGCAGAAAACCCGCAGACUCACAGAGGAGAUGGCCAGCUGCCUAAAAGCCAUCUGGAACCAGAGAUUCCAGAGAGUGGUAUUUGGAACUGCCCAACUCCUUUGCUUCAGUGCCCUGAUCUCUGAAUUAACAAACCAGAAAGAAGUGGCAGCGUGGACCUAUCAUUACAGCACAAAAGCUUACACAUGGAAUUAUUCCCGGGCUUUCUGCCAGAGACACUACACAGAUUUAGUGGCCAUCCAGAAUAAAAAUGAAAUUGCUUACCUCAAUGACGUCAUACCCUACUACAGCUCUUAUUACUGGAUCGGGAUCCGAAAGAUCAAUAAUACGUGGACCUGGGUGGGAACCAAAAAGGCUCUCACCCCGGAAGCCGAGAACUGGGCUGAGAAUGAGCCCAACAACAAGAGGAACAACCAGGACUGUGUGGAGAUCUACGUCAAGAGUCCGCAGUCCCCCGGCAAGUGGAACGACGAGCCCUGCUUGAAAAGAAAGCGGGCACUGUGCUAUACAGCCUCCUGCCAGGACAUGCCCUGCAGCCAGCAAGGGGAGUGCAUUGAAACCAUUGGAAACUACACCUGCUCCUGCUACCCUGGAUUUUAUGGGCCAGAAUGUGAAUAUGUCAGGGAAUGUGAAGAACUUGACCUCCCACAGCACGUGCUUAUGAACUGCAGCCACCCUCUGGGACACUUCUCUUUCAACUCGCAGUGCAGUUUCCGCUGCCCUGAAGGGUAUCAACUGAAUGGGCCCAGCAAGGUGGAAUGUUUGGCCUCUGGAAUCUGGACGGAUAAGCCCCCACAGUGUGUAGUUGCCCAGUGCCCAUCCCUGAAUACUCCUGAACAAGGAAGCAUGACCUGUCUUCAUCCUGAAAAAGCAUUCCAGUACCAGUCUAGCUGUAGCUUUAGUUGUGAAGAGGGGUUUGCACUAGUUGGACCAGAAGUGGUGCAAUGCUCAGCCUCAGGGGUGUGGACAGCCCCAACCCCGGUGUGUAAAGCCGUGCAGUGUCAGCGCCUGGAAGCCCCUGGAAAAGGAACCAUGGACUGUGUUCAUCCCCUGGCUGCCUUUGCAUAUGGUUCCAGCUGCACAUUUGAGUGCCAACCCGGCCAUCGAGUUAGGGGCUCGGACACACUCCGCUGCAUUGGCUCUGGACAAUGGACUGCACCUUUGCCAACCUGUGAGGCCAUUUCGUGUGAACCACUGGAGAGUCCUGUCCACGGAAGCAUGAAUUGCUCCCCAUCCUCAAGGACAUUUCAGCACAACACCACCUGUAGCUUCCAUUGUGCUGAGGGAUUCAUGCUGAGAGGGACUGACACAGUUCGGUGCACUGAUUUGGGACAGUGGACAAUGCCAGCGCCAGACUGUCAAGCUUUGCAAUGCCAGAAUCUUCCAGCUCCAAUGACGGCCCAGGUGAACUGCUCCCACCCCUUUGGUGCCUUUAGAUACCAGUCAGUCUGCAGCUUUACCUGUGAGGAUGACCUGCUUUUGGUGGGAGCGGAUGUUCUGCAGUGCUUGCCUACAGGAAACUGGAGUGCCACUCCUCCAGAAUGCCAAGCCAGGCCCUGCACACCCUUGUUAAACCCUCGGGAUGGAACUGUCACCUGUGUCCAGCCGCUUGGAGAUUCCAGUUAUAAAUCCACAUGUCAAUUCACCUGUGAAGAGGGAUUUUCUCUAUCUGGACUGGAAAGAUUGGAUUGUACUCCAUCCGGACACUGGACAGGUCCCCCGCCAACAUGUGAAGCUGUCAAGUGCCCAGAACUCUUCACCCCAGAGCAAGGCAGCCUGGAUUGUUCUGGCCCUCAUGGAGAAUUCAGCGUUGGUUCCGUCUGCCAUUUCUCUUGCAACAAGGGUGUUGAGCUGAGGGGGACUGACGAAGUGGAAUGCAUAACUUCUGGAAGGUGGUCAGCACCUCCACCAACCUGCAAAGGCCUAGCAUCAGUUCGUACCCCAGAUGUGCGAUGCCCAGCCCUCCUCACCCCGGGGCAGGGAACCAUGUCCUGUCGGCAUCGUCUAGGAACCUUCGGUUUGAAUACCACUUGUUACUUUGGAUGCAAAGCUGGAUUCACACUCAUGGGAGACAGCACUCUCAGAUGCAGCCUUUCAGGACAAUGGACAGCAACAACUCCAGUGUGCAGAGCUGUCAAAUGCUCAGAACUGCAUGUGAAUACCCCAAUGGUGAUGAACUGCUCCAACCUCUGGGGAAAUUUCAGCUAUGGCUCAACCUGCACCUUCCACUGUCCAGAGGGCCAGUUGCUUAAUGGUUCAGCAAGAACAGAAUGUCAACAGAGGGGCCACUGGUCAGCUGCCAUGCCGACCUGCCAAGCAAGGCCACUGACCAUCCAGGAAGCCCUGACUUAUUUCGGUGGAGCAGUGGCCUCAGCAACAGGCCUGGCCAUGGGCGGGACACUCCUGGCUCUGCUAAGAAGGCGCUUCAGACAAAAAGAUGAUGGGAAAUGCCCCUUGAACCCUCAAAGCCACCUGGGAACAUAUGGAGUUUUCACGAAUGCUGCAUUUGACCCGAGCCCUUAAGUUUUCAAUAAACACUCAUGAAUAGAGGACAUGGAGUUUCCUUAGAUUAGCUCUGGACCAGAGCGGAAUUGUACCACCAUCUGAGACUCUCCACACACCACCCCUUCCUGCCCCACUUCUCCUCCUCUGUCAACACAAGCCACAGAAGCCACGAGCCUGGAGCAAAUGUUUCUGCAGUGGUCUCAGUGCUUUGGCUUGGCUGUCACAUGAAAUAGCAGCUAGCCAAAGAAACUGGAGCAUCUGACUCACAAGAAGGCCAGACUGUGGAGAAAUAAAAA